CCGCCGCCGUACGAGAACUCAUCAACCCUCCAAAAACACAACCUCCAUCCUCUCUUACGCCCCUAAUACAAUGUUCUCUACAUCAAGAACACUCAUCCAAACCUGCCGCGUCGCAAGAUCCGUCCGCAACCUCUCCAAGCACGCCCGCGCCGCCCUCCCAUCCGGUCAAAUCAUCACCGUCGACGAGCGCUUCGGUACCCUCAUCUACAACCCUCCCUCCGCAGCUCCAUCACCCCUCAUCACACCCUCCGCAUUCAUUCCUGCCCAUGCCCGCGUGGAAGCACCAGUACCCAACACCUCGUCACCAGAAACCUCCACCCUCCCCCCAGCAUUGAGGAACAAGGACAAAAACGAGAAGAAGUACCAUCUCACCGAGAAAGAAUUCGAGCAGAUCCGACAGCUGAGAGCGGAGGGUGUCAGCAGACUGGAGAUUGCAAGGCGGUUUGACUGUAGUCCCUUCGUUGUUGGGAUGGUUGCGCCGCAGAAGAAGGAGGUUAUUGAGGAGCAGGAGAAGGAGUUGAAGGAGCGUCAGAAGCAUUGGUCCAAGAGGAAGCUGAAUGACAGACAUGAUCGUGUGCGCAGGAGGGCGCUUUGGGGUUUGGAUGAAGUUAUGUAAGGAGUUGUUGCGUGAAGGACGUGGAUAGGAGAUGAUACGAGGUGACAAGGAAGAAUGUAUUGAAAGCAAAAGGCCUGGUUUCUAUCCGGUUUGGGUUGCAUCACGGGGUUGGGCGUCCAAAAGCAUGAACAUGAAGCUCGAGCAAAUUCAAAGUGCGGGAACGUUGGCAUCGGAUUGGCACGGCUCGGGUGUCGGUCAUUUAUUUUAGAGGUGUUGAUGCAUUUUGAGAGAUGUCGAGGAGUCUCAUUGCGGCGACGGUUGGGGGCGGCUGUGAUGAUGUUCAUGAACGUCGAUUUCGGUGGAAGUAUUGCGGUAUGAGCCAGUCAUAUUGC